GUGGGAUUUCAAAGUCUUCCGCCAAAUCACCAAUGCAAUUGUUAUUGGUCACGUCAAAUUUACCGAUAGAGGUCCGUCAUGGCCCCCAGUAUGUUUGUAAACUGGGGUUUUCUAUAAUUUCAUCAAAAAACAAAAGUUUCAGCUUAUCAUUUAUUUAAUAACAAUUCUGGAAUCAUUAUUUCAGUGCAAUCCGGUUUCAGCGUAAAAUUAUUCACUCUAUGUGUUCGAUGUAUUUAUGUUUGAGUGACAAUAGGGGUUAGGUUUACCCUUGCAGCCUUAUUGAAAUCGCAAGGUUCCAGUGUGCUUGCAAAACGAGACGAUUGCAGUAUGUAGUUGAAUAGAACUGAUGUUUUUGUACAUUUAUAAAUAAAUAGCAAAACAUGUUCUUGACUGAUUUUUUUAUAUUCACAUGGAACUAACAUGACAUUGGCUGAAUGUUGAUACUGAGAGACUCUAACGAUGCAAAGCCUGGAGGCAGCAUGUGACGAGGGUGAACGUACAAUUAAAAAACUGAAAACAAACCGUUCCUCCUUGCCCCUGCUUCAAACCCAGGAAGAGCCAGAAGUAUCAGAAACAUCAGAAGAAACAGAAGAAACAGAUGAAACUGAAAAGAAUGAGACCAACCAAAAGUCAAUAUUCACAAAAUUAUAUGAACUCUACAGUGAACUAGAAGAACAAUCUGAAGGAAGCCGGAUAAAAGACAGCUCAAAUCUGUUAGACAAACUUGUAGCGAGAGAAAGACUGAACACAUUAAUUCUAAAUCUGUACCCCGGCAACAAAGGAUAUUCCCUGGCGGUAAGAGCGAGUCCACGAACCGCCGACGCCCCCGACGAUACUGCCAAUAUAAUUGAAUCAGCACAGUGGCCUUACGAGAAGGACGAGCUUCUCAUGUAUAUUAACAAUGAAGAGCUUCCCCCGUUUCUUGCGAAAGAUUUGGAGACAGAAUGCAGUUACCUCUUUUACAAUGGCUGUAUCAUAGCGGAAGUUAGGGACUAUCGCCAAGCCUACCCUCAUUUCAAGUGUGAUAUACACCAUGUUCUACUCAGGCCUACACUCAGAAGUCUUCUUGCUGACAUAAACAAUAUCGUGGAUGAGACUGGCGAUUGGGGGAACGAGGACAGGGAUCAAUUGGAAAGCCAACUCCUACUAGCCAACUCACCAAACUUGUGUUUAGAACCAAAUAGUUUAAUUAGUUACAAAGUAAAUCAAAUCAAUAGGACAAGGCAAAUGUGGAACACGCACAGGUUUAGGCGGGCCGCCCGCAAAUUCUCUCAAGUAACGGUUAACCGAAAACGGAAAUUGGACCAGUUCACACACCGCCACGGUCUUGAGCUUUUCGACUUUCUGACACGGACGAGGGCACGAGCUCCACGGACACCGUCGACGAGUGGGGCGACCACUUCGGGCGCCUCGUCGUCGCAGACGUUGUCGUCGGCCGCGUCCACGUCGACGAGCAGGCGGACGCCCCGACACGAAGACCUGAUCAGACCUGUGCCGGUGCCCAAUUUGGAUCUGCCGCCCAUAGCGGCGCCAAGCGGUGGCGUGGUCAUCAACGAGUUCAAGGCUUAUCCCAGGAUAAAGGAGACGGACGAUUGUCUGCCGCAGCCGGUCGAAGAGUACACUUUGGAGACCGACAUGCCGUCGAAGGAGAACGGCAAGCCACGAGUCUAUCACAUAAAGCUGUCGAUAUUGCAGCGUCCCUCCAAUUCGGAGUUUCUGGGCGAGCUGUAUUUGGACCGUGAUCACAGACGGAACGAAAGGAACGGGGUGGCGUGUCGGUUCUCGCUCGGGUCGAGGAACAACGCGAACCGUUACAUACACCAGUUCACGGACAUUUUCACGGAGAGUGGCAGGAAAUCGGUGCGGAUACGAUGCACGCGGGGGCCGUACAAAGAACUUGCGCAGCAACAGAUGCAAGCACAGACAAAUUUGGUACAGCAACAGUUGAACCAGAUUGGUCAGAAUGUGCAGGGUCAAUCGCCAAUAGUCAACGGGGGCAUCAGCCUAGUACAACAAAACCAGCAAACCACUCACAACAUUAACGUUCCCAUUUUGCAGAACCAGCUGCAGGGAGGGACGACGCCGGCGAAAGUUACGCAGCAGGUGUCCAAUCAGGAAUUGGAGAUCAGUGCGCUGGCGCAAAAGCUCAUGAACUCGGCAAAACAGUUUCAAGCCGCUGCGAACGCAAAACAUCAACAGCAACAGCAGCAACAACAGAAACUGACCUCAGGCAGCAGCAACGCGGCUAUUAUCAACCUGUUGAACAGUUCCACAACCGGCGGUGCUGGCAGCGAGGCGACCAGCGCCGCGGUCGCGAGCGCCAUAGGCGCCCAGCCGCAACAACAGACGGCUACAGUAACGACGACGUCGCUGCUGCCGCAGCAGCUGCAGGCCGUCAACCAGAAACUGAUGGCGGCCGCGGCGCGUAAAAUGACGAUACCCAGUGCCCGUGUCUUAAACCACGCCGGCAAUUUGAUCGCCAUCAACAACAAUAGCAGACUGAAUUUGGCAGAUCUUAACUCACAGAUUACUGGCAGGCAACAGCCACAAACUAUCACUUUAACGUCGGUCAAUAGCGGCGGUACUUUUACGAAUUAUACGACGGUUCCAGUAAAGCAGGUGCUCAACCAGCGGAUAGUUACGAGCAAUACGGCGGCAGCUUCAGCUUCAGGCGGUGCCGGCGACAACAAAUCACUAAGCGCACUACUUGUUGGUACGCCGGCCGCCGACCAUCCCGACAUCGCUAGUCCCAACACCAACUCGCUCCUUAUCGAAAAACUGGCGGGGGCGUCGGGAAACACAUCCUCGUUUCAGGGUACCACACAUUACAUACAAAGUCCAAAGGGCGGACAACAGUUCAUGGUGCAAUCGCCCAAAGGGCAACAAACUGUUUUGACACCACUGUCUAGUCCUCCGCCACAGAACUCAAACACCAUCAACGUUCAAAGCCUCAAUUUUGCUCAAUUACCAUUACAGGUACAGCUACCGGGGUUCGCGCAGUCGAUCUCGACGACGGGGACGACGUCAGGCGCGGCCGCCACCAAUCUCCAGGGAGCGACGGCCGGUCCCACCAGCCUCCUGGUGUCAAUGCCGGGGGCCGUGACUACUGCCGCGGCGUCCUCGAACACCGUAGCGCAGGGAGGCGGCGCUCAGACCAUGAACUCGCUGGUCGGCUCGCCGACCGUCGUUUUGGCGAACGCCGCCUCGCCUAAUUUAGCUCUGCUGGUGACGACGGGCGUUAAGGGAUUGGGACAGCAGGGAAUACGCGCCGCUGGAACCGCCCAGACGGUCACCCUAUCACCAGGUGGGCAACCAUUCCAGCUAAUAACGCCGCUGCAGCGGGCCAGACCGCAGCACCACGGUGGGCAGGGCACCGCCACUGCCCGCACCAUCCAACGAACCACGCCGAUCACCAUCAAAAUGGCCACGACCAACGCAAAUACGGUACAAGUACCAGGAAGUCCAGCGUUGUCAAGCCAACUACAGAAGCAAAUGCACAUGCAGCAGUAUCAGCAGAUGUGCCUCAGCCAGCAAGCCAACAUGAGCAAGUUAAGAAGAAGACCCAACGGCUCCGAACCUCAGUGAUUCAGUUUCGCGGUCUUGUUUUUAGUAGUUAAACUCCCAUGUGUGCGGGUCACCUCCCCCAUUUCUUGUUUCGUGUCACCUUAGGUCGAGAUCGCAGCCGUCACUAGCAGUACUCUAUUAUCAAUGUUGCUUCGAUUGGGAACGGUCGAAAAUUGCUUCGAUUUUAUUUUAGCAUUCAAGUUUUAUUAUACUUUGUACAUAUUUUAUUUAUACAAUUUUAAAACUUAAUUAUUUGACUAUGUUGCAAUGUAGACAUUCAUUUUGGUUGUGAGAUAUUGUGGAUUGGAAAGAUUCUGCAUUUUAAGAAAGCUCGAUAUUUCUGAACAAUAUUUGUGUUUUGAUUUAUAAAGGACUGCCAUUGCCUUGCGUUAACUUGUAGUUUGCGAAGUUUCUAUCACUGAUAAAAACAUUGCAAUCUACAAAUUAACGUAAAACAAUGGAAGUCAUUAAUAAAUUUAAUCAUCGUGAAUCUUUGUUGUGAAAAUUUAAACAUAUAUUUAACAGAAAAUAUAUUAUUUGUGUAAUUAUACUGUUAAUUUAAAAUUGUAUUAAUAAUAACGUGAUUGUAAUUGAUUUUUCACACGUUAUUAUAUUUAUAUUGGAAUUUCUUUUUAUUUUGCUUUAGUAGAAAUUAUGAUCAAUUGAUUGUUUAAAUUGCAUUAGAUUGUAUUUCAUAUAAGUGCAUUUUAACAAAAGCCACCUGCUUAUUCUUUUACACAAAAACAUGAACUACUUCACUUAUCUUUGUAAAUUGAUGCAAAUCUUUCUGAUUUACUCCUGGUAUAAAAUUAAAUUAUAUAUUAUGAUAACUAACGCUUACAGGAAUCAAAUAAAUCAGAGAAAAUGAUAUACAUUUUAUAAACUUCCAUAAGUUUCUACUCACUUCUAGUUUAUUUAGUUACAGUAAGCGUCUCCUAUUUUGCAUAUGAAUUUUAAUUGUCUAUUUUUACCUACUUUUUAUAAAAAUGCAAUUUUAUUUUUAUAUCAAUUUUCGAUCCGUAACUUUUCCAAUACUUUACAAAAUAGUAAUUAAGUAAAUGGUCAGUCGACGGCUGUGAUUCAGACAAAUGUAUUAACACAUUACAUUGAUACUAGUCUAUUUUUGUCUAUCCUGUUAGAACUUUACUUUUAAGGUAUUGUUAACUUGUAUGAAAACUGCCGAGCAUCAUGUGCAAAAAAACAUCAAGAACUCGUUAAUUUUUAGUGCUAAACUAUUUGUGUAUAUGGUUAUAAAAAAAUUCAUAACAGACAAUCACCACGCAAAAAUAAUCCUAACAUGAAGCUAAUCAAAAAGUGAAGGUCCACGUUUUGAACAUGUUAUGAAGUUCCUCAGGUAUUUAUGGUUUAGAGAAUACGUUGCUUUCGGUGAAUACCGGACUAAUGUAAGUAUUAUUGUAUAUAGAAUUUAGUUAGAAUGGACAUUUUUUAUAUACUCUCCUGUGUCAACACAUCUAUUUUUGUUUUGUCAAGCGAAAUAUGCACUAUUUCGUAUCCAAUUGAAUACUUCCUAUAACAUAAAUAAUUGUAAAUAGCAUAUACAGUGUGGAGGCCUAGAUUACUGAUUUUUUGUCUGUUAUGGGUACAUCAUAUAUGCUGUUUAUUUUGUUGGAUUUUAAAAGACUACGGGCUAUGGUCAGACUGCUUCUACCAAUAUUGUUUUUGUGCAUGUUUGUAGAAACGGCAGACCAAACUGAAAAUAAUACAUAGUCGGCGGCACUUACAUCUCUGUAAUUUAACCAUUUGACUUGCUAAAAAUACGUGUUCUUUUUACAAGUGCCGUUGGAUAUCCGCAAUAAACCUUGAUCGACCUUUCGAUUAGUAAAAGUCGAUGAAGGGAGAUAAUCUGAUCUCAAAAAGCUGCGUUACAUUUGCACAAUUGUUCCUGGAAUUUUCAUGUUACAUUGUAAUGCCGGUGCCAAACUCAAUUGGUUACCUCACCCAUUGUCUGCUCGUAUUUUUGUAUCGUGGUGCGUGACGGCUUCUAUAAAUUGAUGUUGCAUAAUACACAGUCCUAUGUAAAUUAAAUGUUUACCCGCUGUUCGGUCGUCCCACGUCACCUCACGUUUUUCUUUUGCAAAACAGUACAAAUUAAUUUUAUGGUGUUGAAACAAGUGAAAAAAAAACAAUUAUGUGUAUUUGUAAUUGAAGCAGUUUCUAGUUUUAAAACUUGUUUAGUUUUGUUAUAUGUUGUAUAUAAUAGACAAGUGUUAUUUUUUAAUUUAUUGAUCAUCGAACAACUACAGUUGGGGUUAAGGAUUUUCGACGCAACAUUUACUUUUUAAUCUUAAAAUUAGUCUUUUAGUUUAGUGCUAAAUUUAAUUAUUUAAUAAAAUAAUCUGUAGUUUUAUUUACAGGUAUUAAUUAAAGUAAUUUUCGGACAAAUAGGGCAGUAAAAGUUGCGUGGAAAAUGUGAAACCUUGUAUAAAAUAUCACUAAGUGCAUUAGCAAUAUUUUUUAAUAUACAAAAUGCAUUAGGAUUGUUUUGAGGUUCUAUAUCUACAAUUGUCCACUUUUUAUAUAAUUAUUUAAUAGUUAAUACUCUUGUACAGUGUUUUGUAUUAAAUUUUGUUACAGAAAUUUUGAAUUUUACCACAAUUACAGAUAUAAAACCCUUUUAAAAACAAAUUGUAUCUAAAAUUGUACGAUAAACAUUGUAAAUACUUUUUUUAUGUAAUCAUUAUUAUAGUUAUUAUUUAUAUAUUA